AUGAAUUAUCUACAUGUAUUAGAAAUGGAGUGGAUUCUUGUUUUACUAAAAUUGAUUUAAAGAAACAAAAGAGACUUAUUUAGCUUAUGCAUGAUUUUGCAAAAAUAUACAUCAGCUACAGAAGCAACUUUAUACAAAUAUAAUGUUCAAAGAAUGUCGAAGCAGAGGAUAAUUCAGCAUGUGACAUGGAUUCAAGAAUGUAUUAGUACUGUGGGUACCUAAUCAAAAUGUGAUCGAGACAUAGUAUUAAACUUUAUGGAUUCAGUUCAGGUAUGAUAACUCGUAAAAAACAAUAUAAUGGUAUAAUAAUUCAACUUCUAAGAUUCAUAUUGUAAAGUAAUACAUGCUCAAAUGCAUUAGGAUUAGGGGAAAGUUCACGUGAUGAUUUCUUAAGAGGAUGUGUAAUUGAUGGAAAAAAUAGUUGUGUAAAUCCAGAAACAACAACUUGCAGUGAUUAUUAUGAAAAUGUUAAAGAAAUAAUAUAUGUUCAGAUAGAGCUUGUGCAGAUAUCACAAAUCCAUCUAGUCAUUACUAUUGUGUCACUCACAAAUUGCAGAUUCUUGA